AGUUGAGUGUAUCUACAGUGGAUUAACACCGGUGAUUCCAUUCGUCCAUUAACACGUGUUCUUUCUCACAUCAGAGAGAACAUUUACCUUACAAAGACCCAUGAUAAUAUAAAAGACUGGAAUGGGAGAUUAAACAUGCACUUGCCAUAAUACUAGGCUUAUAAAUAAUUGUAACGCAAAAUAGCGCCAAUUUCUGUAGCAGUUGUUACAUCUAAGGACAGUACAUUGUUGAGCUCCUGAGACGUAUCAACAAGUUACGUUAAUAAUCAGGGAAAUCAGUCCAAACCUUACGUACUCCGGUGCAAAAUAAGUAAAGUAUUAACGAAAAUUCAUCGCACGAAACGUCAGACAAAUGAAUAUGAUAGUUCCAACCUAAUCUAGAACUAUUGACCAGACAGUUUGUCUUCUGUCUGAGGACAGCUAAUUCUCAAAGGUGUGGAGAAAUGUAACGGAUAUUUGAGCUAUAUUUGUAGACAGUUACAUAAUAGAUUAUGACACCGACUGCUUCCUUGAAUAGCAUAGUCUAAAACAAUCACGGUAAUUUUAAGAGGUAGAAGACGCUAAAGAACAUGGAUUUACUGCAUCCUUGAUUAAAGACAAAGUAGAGUCUACCUUACAGAAUUGUUAUUUCUCAUGCAACCUACUUCUCGUCUACCUGUAUUUGGAAACUUCAACGCAUAAAGAAAGUUUAUGAUGAAAACAUAAGAGGCUAGUUAAGUUUAACAACUUCGUGUCACAUAAUAGGAGAAUGUUGGAUUUUCUAUGGAUCUGGCUUAGGCAUUGUUCAUAGGCUCAUAGUCUAUAAGAUAGUUUCACCUUUGAUAAACCGUUGCGAGCGUCUAGCUGAGGGGACGUAUUCUUCAUUGGACACAUCUAGUUGCUAUGACACGUUGUCACAUUUGGUUUCUAACAGUGUACUCUGCCAUAGCGACGACACAGAUCCUUGGCAUCGAGGUUCCCGUUAGAAAAGAACUGAGAAGCUCACAUUCGUCACACCUGCUGAACGCUGAGGAAACGCUAGCAAUGAGGGAGAAAAGGAUGGCUGAGGAGGAAAAUGAAGACGAUGAUGUCUUCUACGGUCUACCUCCGGAACUGAAAGAACAAAUUAAAGCCCAUCCAGAUAUUGAAUGCGAGAUUCGAUUUAAACUGCAGCCAUAUCCGAGUACAGAAGAGGGACAAGUAUACUGCAACAGUUCAUGGGACUCUGUGACCUGCUGGCCCACAACUCUAGGGGGGCAAUUGGCAACUGCACCAUGUCCGCCUACGUCUGAGGAAUACAGUGUCGUCAAGUCUAUGUCUACAAAAAAUGCGACACACCUUUGUCUACCAAACGGUACCUGGGAGCAUUUAUCUGACUACAAGCCCUGUGUGGAGGGUAUCGGUGGAAUGGUCGACGAGCUAGAUGUCUUCUUGAAGAAGUUUGAGACACAAACACUAACUGUGAGGAUUAUAUAUUACGCUGGAUAUAGCCUUUCUACACUGACUCUGAUUAUAGCCCUGUCAAUCUUCUGCCAUUUCAAGAGUCUACGAUGUCUGCGGAACACAAUUCACUGUCAUCUGAUAAUGACCUUCAUUCUUCGAAAUGUAUUCUGGAUUAUCAUGAACAACAUUCUUCAAGCCACACACGAUGGCAUUGUUCCAACGUGGAUUUGUAAAGCUAUCAUCGCAGUAUUUAACUAUCUACAAACCACAAAUUUUUUCUGGAUGUUCGUAGAAGGCCUUUACCUGCAUAUGAUGAUAGUAUGGGCGUACAAGUCGAGCAACAUAAAAACUAAGCACUAUGCAGUGAUAGGAUGGGGAAUCCCUAUUAUUUUUAUAAUAUUAUGGAUCUGUGUGAAAUCUCAAAUUGAGGAUACUGUAUGUUGGUUGCCAAUGAAAAACUCACAAAUACAUUUCAUCUACAUCACACCAGUGCUGGUCGUUUUAUUUAUAAAUAUUAUUUUCCUAUCGACAAUUGUUUGGGUCUUAGUUCUAAAGAUACGAGCAUCACAUUCCAUUGAAACACGACAAUAUAGGAAAGCUGCCAAAUCCACUCUGAUACUCUUUCCACUUCUUGGUCUAACAUAUGUGUUGUUCAUCACUCCACCCGGCGAUGAUCCGGGAGUCAACGCAGCCUUCCUCUAUUUCAACGCAAUUUUACAGUCUCUCCAGGGAUUCUUUGUCUCGCUGUUCUAUUGCUUUUUAAACGGAGAGGUGCGGAACGUUUUAAAACAGAGAUAUUACAGAUGGUUGGACCAAAGGACUAUAGGUGGCGGCAAUAGUCGCAUGUCAGUGACUCAGAUAGAGGCUAAAUCAGAUUGUGAGUCUCGAAGGGCCUCGAGACUGAACUCAGCCAUAUCUAUAAAUGGUAGAUUGGAUAUACCAAAACGAAAAUCUAGUCAAGCAAGGUCCAGUGUAUCAACCGGUACUACCAUAUUAGAAUUCUCAAAUAAAACUGGUCAAAGUCAACCUUUCAAAAUUGGGGAAACAACUCCACUCAAACAACAGACUGACGGGGAAACAACCCCACUUAAACCACAAUCUGAUGCGGUUAUGGCAGUGGAGAGCGCACCGUCUUGUUCUGAUGAAAUGUUGCCAGUUAUCCACCGAAAUCAGAAUGGAAAGAUAGACAGUAAUGGAAACGAUACAAAUGUCCAUCUUUGUGUUGAAUGAUUGUACUGCGAGGAACAUCAGUUAUUUACAUAUUCGAUAUUCAACUUUCAUAGACACAAACCGUAUUAUGUAGUGAAUAAUGCCAAGAUUAUGUUUUUGUAACAUACUUAAUACUAUACUCAGUGUGUCAAAAAGCAGAUGAUAUCUAUUAUUUAUAUUAAAUUGUAAAUUAUUAUUUAUAUUCAGGUCAUUGAAUGUAGUAUAUCUCAAGCAUGAUUUUGGUUCACUUUCACUUAUUAUUUAUUUAAGUAUGACUUACGUUACGAGGCAAAAACUAGGAACAAUUGUCCAUCUAUUGGCUAGAAAACUGUAUAUACGGUCAUCAUUUAAAAGCACUGUAUAUACCCCAUACACCAAGUCAGCAUUAGCCUUAUGAAAUAUAUUCUCCAAUAUUAUAUAGUCAAUUUUGGAAGUCCCGAAACUUUUGUUUAUCUUUCUAUUCAGAAGGAAAUUAUUAAUAUUGAAGAAUCUGUAAAUGCAGAUGAGAGCUUCACGAAUGAAUUGCAAGGAGAAUGACCAAUCUUAACCUUAUAUCAACAUAGAACAUGUUGUUAUUUUCUGACAUCACAAUUGACUACAUAGUGAUCAUAAAUGAUUUGAACUAAUAUUUUGACCCAUGAUUUUUCUAAGGAAAUAUGACCAAAACUAGCGAUUCAAAUUCUGAAGUGAAAAAAU